UGCAGGGCAGGGGACCCGGCGCCCUGCGCCUGCACUCGGUGCACGUUACCCAUGUGGAUUCUGUUACGCCUAGAACGUCCUCAGGAGUUGGUCCCGCAGUCAUUCCCAUUUCACAAACCAAGAAACUGAGGCCCGGGGAGCGCAUGUGGCCUGGCCAAGGUGGCGGCCCUGGGAAGCGCAGAGCAGGAGGCAGACAUCGUAGGCUUUGGAAGGGCCUGGAGCCCGGCGCAGGCCAAGCCCAGCCUUCGGGGAGCCGCGCCUGGGCCAAGCCGACGGGUCGGCCCCCGGGAGCUGGCGGGCUCCCCAUCCUCGGCCCUUUUCCAUCCGCAGUGGCACGACUUCAUGGAACUUGGCAAUAGCAUUCCUGAUGCCCAAUUGGACCAGAUCAUCGAGACCCAGAAAGCUAAUCAGUGUGCGGUCAUCGUCUACACCUCGGGGACCUUCGGCCACCCCAAGGGCGUGAUGCUCAGUCACGACAACAUCACGUGGAUGGCUGGAGCGGUGGUGAGGGACCUGGGGCUGAUGAAGACCGAGGGGAAGCAGGAGGUGGUGGUCAGCUACCUGCCCCUCAGCCACAUUGCAGCGCAGAUGAUGGACAUGUGGGUUCCCAUAAAGAUCGGCGCUCUCAUCUACUUCGCUGAACAAGACGCUCUCAGGGGCACGUUGGUACACACUCUGAAGGAGAUAAAGCCCACCGCCUUCCUGGCGGUGCCCCGAAUUUGGGAGAAGAUGCAUGACACUAUAAAGGAGAACCUGGCCAAGUCCUCCAGCUUGAGGAAGAAGGCGUUUUUCUGGGCAAAGGAAACGGCCUUAAAGGUCAACGCGAGACGGAUGGUGGGGAAGCGCGACCUGCCCUUCGGCUACCACAUGGCCAAGGCCCUGGUGUUCGGCAGGGUCCGGAGCUCCCUGGGCCUGGACCACUGCCACGCCUUCCUCAGCGGGGCGGCGCCGCUGCCCGAGGAGACCUCGGAGUUCUUCCUGGGCGUGGACAUCCCGAUCGGGGAGAUCUACGGCAUGAGCGAGAGCUCGGGGCCGCACUCCAUCUCCAGGCAGAGCGACUACCGCAAGCGGAGCUGCGGCAGGAUCGUGAGCGGGUGCGAGAACAUGCUGGCCCAGCAGAGCAAGGACGGCACUGGGGAGGUCUGCAUGUGGGGCAGGCACGUCUUCAUGGGCUACCUGGACAGAGAGGACGAGACGCUGCAGGCCAUCGACGAGGAAGGCUGGCUGCACUCCGGGGACCUGGGCCGCAUGGACACCCAGGGUUUCCUGUAUAUCACCGGCCGCAUCAAAGAAAUCCUCGUCACUGCUGGUGGUGAAAAUGUGGCCCCGGUUCCCAUUGAGACCCUGGUGAAGGAGAAGAUCCCCAUCAUCAGCAACGCCAUGCUGGUGGGGGACAGAGCCAAGUUUCUGAGCAUACUGCUGACGCUGAAGUGCGAGACAGAUCGGAAAACUGGAGUUCCCCUGAACAAGCUGAGCCCGGAGGUCAUCGACUUCUGCCGGAGCCUGGGCAGCCAGGCUUCCACGGUGACGGACAUCCUGGGGCAGCAAGACCAGCUCGUCUAUGCGGCCAUCCAGCGAGGCAUAGAUGCUGUGAACCAGGAAGCCACCUCCGAUGCACAGCGGAUUCAGAAGUGGGCCAUCUUGGAGAAGGACUUUUCCAUCCCAGGGGGAGAGCUGGGUCCAACAACAAAAAUGAAGAGGCAGUUCAUAGCCCAGAAAUACAAAGCGCAAAUCGAGAGCUUCUACCAGUGAUGGCCCGGCUGGAGCCCUUGGCUGCCCUGGGGUGAGGGCCGGUUGCUUGGCUGGCUGGGCUGUACGCUGACCGUCCCACAGGCUCUGCUGAGUGGCAGGAGUGGGUAGAAUGGGGGCCACACCCACGAGGGGUUCCGCCUCACUCCGGCUCCCUCUGCGGCGGGAUAGCACCUGAGCCUCCUUCGCAGCUGGUCUGAGCGGACAGCCAAGCUCCGCCUUUCCGCGUCCCUCGAGGAGGAAAGGUGCGGCCCUCCCACCCAGGACUGGCAUUUUCCUGGAGCCUCCAAAUGUUUCACUGGCUUGUUUGGACGAGGUCUUCCAGAAACCUUGGUGGACAUUUCACCUGCCAGGAACCCAAAGAGCGAGCAGGGCCCCCCUCCCUCCCCCAUUUCCCAGGGCCUCCAGGACUCCACGAGUCUCCCACAGGAAUUCUGUGCAGUGCAGGCAGAGAACCUGUCUGCAGCUGUCCCAAGGACGCGUGCCCCUUAUGUGGGCCAACCGUGCUCCGCUGAUGCCCACCCAGCCCCCUGGCAGGAGUCUGUUUGGGCUGCUGUAAUAAAGUCACACAGGCCUGGGCUUCUGAGAGCAGAAACUUAUUGUCUCACAGUUCUGGAGGCUCAAAGUCAGAGACCACAGUGCCAGCGGGGUCCGUCCCAUCGGAGGGCACGAGGGACAUUGCAGACCUCGCUCCCUGGCAUGCAGACAGCCAUCUUCUCCCCCCCCCUCCUAUCUCCCUCUGUGCAUCUGUGUCCAAACCUCCCCUUUCUGAAGGUCGCCAGUCGCGCUGGGUGAGGGCCCACCCGCGGGGCCCUUCUUAACUUCUCGACCGCCCACGUCUAAGUGCGGUCACGUCUGAGGCACUGGGGGGCUGGGACUUCCACCCGCGAGCUGAUUCUCUCUCACACUGACUUGUGGGGUCUCCUGAGAGGGCCUGGGAGUUCCACACACCCACCAUCCCCGGCUUUCGCGAGAUUUCCAGUUGAGUGAGGGGCUGCUCCAAACCCGUGCUGUCCCACAUGGCAGCCCCUGGCCAGGAGUGGCUCAUCUGCACUGGGAUGUGCAAAACACAACUCCCAGGCUUGGU